UAUGAUUUCGACUUUUGGAUGUGGGUUUAAUCAUAAUAGUUUUGUCGUCCAAAGUAGACUGCAUCUUGAAACUACACAUAUUUACGUACUUUUUAAGCAACCGAAAAAACAAAAACUCCAACAGAACGAGCAAAAAAGUGAAGACUUUUACAACAAUGACACAACGCGGAAAAUUUACCAUGGAUCGCUUUUAUCUAAAACAAGGUGACAGCGAAAAAAUUUCAAUUUGUUUCGAUACAUCGCAAAAUCCCGCCUUCAAAGGAUCCGCAGACCCCUGCUCCCAGAAUUCCCUCUCCCAAAAGAACCCAGCGGAAUGUUUGCCGAAAAAAGUAUAUAAGCUGAAGGGGAAACCCAGUUCCCCAGGCCAAAAAAUAUUGGAAGCCGGCAAGAAAAACAAAGACUUCGCAUCCGUAAAGCCUGACAAGUCUGACAAACAUUCUUUAUCCAUGAAUUUCCCCAGUCAGAAGGAAAAACCAUCCAUCAACCCAUUCGCCGGGUGGUUCGGGUACAGUGAUCAGUCUGGAGAUGCAGUCUCCCAGCAAUCUCUCUUCCACAGGAUCUUCUCGAGCUCCGGCUCCCAGGCCGCAAGUCCAGAGCCAAGUUCAAAAUCUUCCAGCCAGGUGGUCAACCGGAUUGGUGGGGAGUCGAAAAGUGGUUCUCAGUUCCGAAAAAAUAACCUCUUUUCCAAAAAACAAAGGCGCUUAUCCAAAAAGGACUCUUCUCAAUCUGAAACUUCGAAUGAUAAGCAGCCUAAUCAUUCUAGACAAUGUGGCUCAUCCAAAGCUACUCACUUCGAAUUCGUUAGGCCGUCGAGAGGGCAUAUUUUCUCGUCCUCCAAAAGUGGCUCAUCCAUGCCAAGAACUUCUACAUCUUCGCAAUCCGAUAAAAGUAACUCAUUUUCGGAAAAAACUUCUCAAUCCGGAAAAUGCCCUUAUUGCAACAAGGACGCUUUUCCGUCCGGAAUUUGCAAGUCAAAUCCAGAACACAUUUUUUUGAGACUAACAGACCUUAUUUCAGGAAAAUUGCGCGUCGUCAAAGAGCCAACAGUUUCACUUGACAAUGGUCACUCAUUCAACGAGGAAAGUUUACCAUCCGAAACCGAGAGAUCCGAUUGUUCCGAAAUAUCCACCUUAACCAUAGUGCCAAGUUCCCCAACCAAGGAGUAUAACUCAGCAGGGGAAAGUACUUCUGAGUCCGAAAUAACUCUGAGGAAUGAAACCUCAGCGAGAUCGAGCAGCAAGUCGUCAGAAAGGGAAAGAACUUCUGACUCCGAAAAAACUCUGAGGAAUGAAACAUCAGCAAGAUCGCUCAGCAAAUCGCCAAAGGGGCUCUACUCUGCAAUGGAAAACACUGCCGAGUCCGAAAAAACUCUAAAGGACGAAUCCUCAGCUAGAUCGCACUGCAAGUCGUCAGCAAGUAAAAAUACUUCGGAGUCCGAAAAAACUCUGAGGAACCAAACCUCGGCAAGAUCGCAUAGUAAAUCGUCUAAGGAGCUUACUUCUGAGUCCGAAAACGCUCUAAGGAACGAAACCCCAACAAGAUCGCGCAGCAAAUCGUCAAAUAGGGUUUACUCCGAAAGCAAGGACCACGUGGAUCUGAACGACCUUCUGGACGAGUCUGAGAACACUCGGUUCUACCGGCAAAUGGUGGGCCUCUACUUCACCGCCGAGACGCUUCUCAAGGAGUUCACCAAACGCAAAGCCGUCGAGUUUAAAGAGCGCCGCGAUAGGAGAUUUCCCGACCUUACCAAAAAGAGGUAGAUAUAUGGGGACACUGGUCUCUCCCUUUCGAUUAUUUGACAGUUUGUCGCAAUUAAUAAAGUUUGUCGCGUCGAAUGGUGGAGGGCAAAAAAUGUA